AUGGAUGAAGAACUAGCCCCGGCAUUUUCAGCCGCAAACUAUGUCAAUGAUGGGAAAACCCAUAUUCUGCUCGCAGCCACUGGCUCAGUGGCUACAAUAAAACUACCGAAUAUAGUCACUUCUCUGGGAUCCCAAAAUAGAUUUUCCAUUCGUAUCAUUGUCACGGAGUCUUCAGCCAACUUCCUCAAUGGACAGAGUGACGAACAGCCGAGUUUGCAACAAAUCCGGAGGAUGAAAAAUGUCGAGGGAAUAUACCAUGAUGAGGACGAAUGGAAGAAACCCUGGGUGCGGGGUGCGGACAUUUUACAUAUCGAGCUACGGAGGUGGGCUCAUGUCCUACUUAUAGCACCACUGUCCGCGAAUACCCUGGCAAAAAUGACAGUUGGGAUGGCGGAUAACCUGCUACUCUCUGUUGUGCGGGCGUGGGACACUUCAGGCACGAUUGAUCCGGGAAAGAAGCCUAAGCCACGUAUAUUUGUGGCACCUGCAAUGAACACUGCGAUGUGGAAAAACCCGCUGACGCGCAGGCAGGUCGAAACUCUUAAGACGAGCUGGGGCUUCCAGUCUGAAACUGAAGGCGGCUGGGUGACAGUUAUAAAGCCAAUGGAAAAAGCCCUUGCUUGCGGUGAUGUGGGGGAUGGUGCAAUGGAAGACUGGAGAAAGAUAGUAAAAAUCAUUGAAGAGUACUGUGACGUAUAG